AUGAUUCAACACUUUACCCUUCUGAUCACAGUAGUCCCCGCUUUACGAGGGCAGUUGUCCGACUCUAACUUCACCCCAGAGGUUCAUUGUGGACGAGUUCAGGAAGGGAGUCUAUUUGUAGCGGCUUCUAACGGUGGUCAACCCGGAGAAGUCGCCGACAUUAUGUGCGCUGUCUUGACUGAUGAGAAAAAGCCUGACUAUCUGGUGGUGAGCCGAAUUGGAGAGGAUGCCGGUGGUGUGGUAGUCAACCGUAACACGUCUUCCUGUACGAUCCGACCGGUCAAGGAUGGUACAUUUACAGCGAGAUCAACUGCCUGUGACCCCAUGAGGGAGAGCAAAGUUUUCAACUUCACGUACAUUCCUACCUUUUUCCCCAGUAGCACUGUUCAAUGGUCAGAGUACGAUGAUGAGCAGAUCUCCUUGUCUCGACCAGCUCCUAUAGAGGUCGUCGACGCCGCUGUUUUCGUGGGUGAUGAUGACGAGUUUCGGGUUGCCAAGGUCACCCCUGAGGGGCCUUGGUAUCUUCAACGAGGCGAUGCGUUCUUCCCUAUCCCGAUGGAGUGUGUCGAGAAGAAGAAGAAGCGCGGGUUCUUCAAGAAGCUUUCUGGUUCGCGGCCUGUCAACACUGAUAGCGUUACCUGUGACUCUGGUGCCGGUCAAUGCGUUACAAUGAGCCUUGAUGGUGAUCUUCAUCAUCUUCUGCUCGGUUCAGUGAGUGGCUUCAAACUCGCUGGGGUUCCGUUCGUAUUAGUUGCGAAGGGACAUCAGGAAUGGUCGUUGACGUUCACAGUGUUGCGGCCCAUCAUGCGGAAGAAGCUCAAGAGCGCAUUGAAACCCUUCGAAGACUUCCACUCGGAACAGAUCAAACAGAAGAAGUAA